AAUCCCUUAUCAAUCGCCUAUAUAAGCGUGGAGCGUUGCCUGUCACGCAAGCACAUUUCAGAACUGAGUUUCAGAGUAACUUGACAGUGUGCAGUGUUGAUACAACUUCAAAAUGCCUGAUCCUUGCUGUAACGAGAAAUGCGUUUGUGCCGAGGGUGGCUGCACGAAAGACUGCAAAUGUGCAAGUUGCAAGUGUGCCCCGUGUGAGAAAUGCUCGUCUGGCUGCGCGUGUCCCUCCAAGGAGGCGUGCGCGACGAGAUGCACGAAGCCAUGCAGCUGUUGCCCAUAGACGUGUGACUCGACUGCUGCCUUCUGCAUGACCAAGCAACGGAAAUAUUUAUUCUCCUAUCUUGUUUGUUUUUCGUAUGUUAUGACUGAAUUAUUGGAAUGUGUUUCAAUAAAUGAAAGAAUGUGAAAA